ACUCGAUCCAUUGCGGAUCAAUCUCCUCCAUGUAUUCUGACACCGACCGCAACCGCACGGUCCACUGUCGAGGGUAACAUCUGUGGUAAGCCGUCCACGGGCCGCCUUCAUCAGCCAGUCAUCUCCUUUGCCUUGGUAGGAAGUACGGCCGCGACUGCCGUACAAGGGUGUUAUUAUAUAUCCCUUGAUCCCACGCUUUGAACAUCUUUCCCUUGUACAAGUCGAAUCAUUGUAGCUUUCAGUGUGUCUUCCAUUGUCGCGAAAUGGCUUCUCAAAUUGACCUUGCCGAGUAUCUCUUCAGGAGAAUCCGUCAGCUCGGCGUCAAGGCCGUUUACGGUGUCCCUGGAGACUUUAACUUGACAGCCCUAGACUACAUCGAACCGGCUGGUCUUGACUGGGUCGGCAAUGCCAACGAGCUCAAUGCCGGUUAUGCAGCGGAUGGCUAUGCAAGAAUCAGAGGGAUAUCUGCGCUAGUUACCACAGGCGGUGUUGGGGAGCUUUCUGCUAUCAAUGCGAUCGCUGGAGCCUAUGCUGAGAUGGCUCCCGUCAUUCACAUUGCCGGAACACCUGCCACGCAUAUCCAGGAAAGUGCAUUAAGUAUGCAUCAUACGCUGGGAGAUGGAAACUUCAGGCUUUUCCCAGAAAUGCAAGCCAAGGUCACCGUUGCCCAAGCCAAUUUGACAGACCCCAACACGGCGCCAGCACACAUCGACCGAUGUUUACGAGCUUGCGUGUUGGAAAGUCGGCCUGUCUAUAUCGAACUGCCAACCAAUAUGACCAAGGCUAGGGUAUCAGCAGCUGGCUUGAACCAGCCUCUUGAUCUUUCAAUCGCCACUGAUGAAGGUUUCGAGGACACGGAGGUUGACCUGAUCCUUGGCAAGAUCUAUGCAUCCAAGCAACCAUUCAUCGUCGUGGACGGUUUCACUUCCAGAUAUGGCAUCAGCGAGGAAGCAGACGAGUUGGUCCGAGAAACCGGAUUCCCGACUUCAACAACACCCUUCGGCAAGGGUAUCGUCAACGAGUCAUACUCCAACUUUUACGGCAUGUAUGCAGGUAUUGCAGGUCCACAAGUAUAUAUGCCUUGGGCUCGCGGAUGCGAUCUUGUGCUGAGGCUGGGGCCAUUGAACAGCGACGUCAAUACAUUUGGCUUUAGCACGAUUCCCGAUCCCAAAAUAGCAAUCACCUUCGAGCGCGACAGUGUCGAGAUCUGUGGCACGAAGUACCACAACCUCCAUGUCAAGCAAUUGCUGAGAAGAGUUCUCUCCAAGCUCGACAAGGAUAGACUCCCCAGAUAUCAGCCCACCAUGGACUUGGGCGACCCCAGACAGCAACUCAAGGAGCUGCCACCCACGAUGGAGAGCGAGAUCAUCGAGCAAGACACCUACUGGCAACGCAUGUCGAACUUCUUCCGCCCCGGGGACAUCAUCCUGACGGAGACGGGCACGCCGUCGGUUGGUGGACGAGACUUUGUUCUUCCUCCACAUACCACCCUCAUCAACUCUUCCAUCUGGUUGUCCAUUGGGUACAUGCUAGGCGCUUGUGCGGGAGCGGCCCAGGCUCAACGGGAGAUGGUCGCUGAAGGUCUGCGUGAGCAAGGCCGGACGAUCCUGUUCGAAGGCGACGGCAGCUUCCAAAUGACGGCCCAAGUGAUGUCUGACAUCAUUCGCAACCGACUGGAUGUGACAAUCUUCCUUAUCAACAAUGACGGAUACACGAUCGAGAGGUGGAUUCAUGGUAUGAAGGCAGGCUACAAUGACUGCCAGCCAUGGAGGUACCUCGAAUCACCGAGCUUUUUCGGGGCGCCAAAGGAUGACCCUGCAUACCCCGUCUUGACCAGACGAGCUGAGACUUGGGGCGAAAUGAACAGAAUACUGGCAGAGCCCCAGGUGCAGGAAGGUAAAGGGCUGACCAUGAUUGAGGUCAUAAUGGCCAGGGAAGACGCACCUGAUGUCCUGAAAAAAUUGGUUCAGAACGUCUCGAGGAGAAGCAGCGGAGAGUUUGAUCGGCCUAAGGCUGAAGUUCUUAGCCCGGAUGAGAAGGCCAUGAAAGUUGCUGGCUGAAGCAAGGGCCUAGAUUUUGGACGUGCAGGGAAGUCGUUGGCGGCCCGUGUGCUGUUUCGCAAGGCGUUGUGUUGGGAUAGAGACUACACAGCAUUCGCAUCAGUAGGAUUAAUUAGGUAUGCUAAGUUAGACCUUACACAUCGGACACCAGCCUCUACGGGCCAUGGUGGCAGUCUUGAC